UAAUGUGAUAUUUAAAUAGUGCACAUUUGUAUUCUGUAAAAAUAAUCUUUUUUAUUUUACACAUUAUUACCUACACUUUUAAACAUCAUGUUUAGCCCGAUGAAUAUUUUUAUAAUUAAAUUAUAAUCUUUAAAUAUGAAACUUGUUUUUAUUUAUUUUAAGUAAGAAUUGAUAAAUUAUACAACAAUGGCAUCCUACUCAGUAGUACAUUUUACUAAUGAAAACUCGGUCGAAGCAGUACCGAGUACAUGGAUUAAGAAUGGUAAAAAAAUUGGAGUUAAAUUAUGUGCUUGGCCCAACAAUAAAGCAUGUAUUAUGAAGUACAUUCAAAAUAAACACAUGUCCAAUGAAAUUGAUUUUAAGUAUUUCAAAGUACGAGUAUUGAAAAAAAAUUUAGGUAACUUGUUUAAAAAUAUAAUUUCAGUGUUUUAGUUCAUUAUUUACUAAUUGUUGAUCGUAAAAUUUUAUAUAGAGUCACUAACAAAGGCUAGAGAUAUAGCAGAUGAUGCUAGAUAUAGGUCAGAUUUUACAAAUACUGAUGAUGAUGAUUUCCUUAACUUCAGCAUUAAAAAUAGAAAUAUUAUGAAUUCACCGGCAUCAUCAACUUCAUCAAUGCCUAUUUAUGGUAAAAUAAAUAUAUUUUAUAUACAGGUAAUAGUUAACUUUUUUUAAGCUAUUUUAUUUUGUAUUAAGAUGAAAAAACUGAUGACAAAAAUAUUCCAAACAAUCAACACUCACCGAUACAAAUAAUUGAACACACAAAAUCUAAGUUGCAUUACGGAUGGUCACCAAUUAAACCACUAUCAUCUUCAAAAAAAAAUGAAGGUAAUUUGUAUUUUAAAUAUUUUGCUCAUUUAAGUACUGUAUUUAAAUUGACCUAAUAAUGGUUCUUGAUUUUUCAAUUCAUUUUUGUAGUUUCAAAACACAAAUUAAAUGAAUCUACUGAUCAAGUUGAUGACCGAAGUAUUUAUGGUAAUAGUUCAUCAUCCAAAAAUCUAAAUGAGAAAAACAAAAUCGUGAGGCAACUUUCCUAUUUUGAUAAAACACCUACUACAAUAAAAAAAAUGAACAAAUAUCACGUACCCCUGUAUCGAAUCAAAGUACCAUUUCUGACGAAUUGGAAGAACCUCGUGAAGUUCAUACUCUUCGUAACACAAGUAGUGAUAACCAGCCAUAUGUUUCGAAAAUAAGCAAUAAUGUUUCAGAAGGCUUAUUGUCGAGUUUCAAUUCUAAUGUCAAUCAAUCUGCAGGAGAUAUUGAAUUCCAAAGCUAUGUUAACAAAAAUAUGGCUUUUCUGAAAAUAGAAUUGAAACAAAUUCAGAGCAGUCAACUAGUUAUUUUGGAACGUCUAGACUCAAUACAGUUACAAUUAGGAGAUCAGCCUCGGGUCUAUGACAAAAAUAUUUCAAUUAACAUGUUGAAUGAGUGUUCAUUACCAAUUGAUAAUAUCACAGAUUUACAAACUUUUGAAGACAAAAUUGCUGGUGAUAGCGAAUUUAGAACAUGUUUGGUUAAGGAACUUACAUAUAUAGGUGGGAAACAUACCAAAGCAAUGGUACGGCGAAUAAUGGCAAAAUUGUGCACCAAUGAACUAUUGCAACACUAUUCCUACAAUGGAAAAAAAGGAAAUAUUCCAUUUUGUUCAUUGAGCAUUUGUUCUGUUAUAUUUGAGGCUGUGAAAAAACAGGGAAAAUUUAAAAAUGUAUGCCAAGAUGAAAUUGAAGAAACCAUAAAAUAUGUUUUGGUUCAAGCCCCAUUUACCAUAAAAAGACUUCUACAAAAGACUUCUACAAAAUCCAAUAAAUAA